AUGGAUUUCGAACAGGAGCAUGAUCCGUUUUCCAGUGCGAGUCUAUGGAGAUUGUCGAGGUUCACAACAGAGGCCUUGCGACCUUUGGACGAAUUACCAUGGAACGCGGGCUUGCCUGACUUUUCAGACUCUAGUUUCGCGACCUCGCUCCCCUCAAUUGACAAGAUCGACAACAUAUGGAAAUUGAACUUCUCAGAUGACAUUGAACGCCCGGAAUCAUCCGCCGACUCUAGCCUCGAUGCUUCCAUAGACGCCCAAUCCGAUACAUCAACGGCUUCCCUACAGAUUAAAGAAGAAGAGAAUGAUAUAUGGGCAUUGGACGCACUGCAAGUGGAACCUGGCUUUGUUGCUCCUCUCAAGUCAUGGGAGAGAUUCCAGGCCCGGUCAUUCGAGGAGCCUGUAUCAGGCUAUUUCAGUGAGUCAGGGACAAGGGGAUUCGAUGCGGCACUGUCAAUCCAAGAUGGCAGGAAAGGACAGGGAAAUGCGACCCGACCGGUACGAGAAGAUGUUUUUAUACGGUCACUGCUACGCCUAGGCCUUGGAUGGAGCUCCUCUCUCUUUCGCUACAAUACUCGAACGACAAAAUUCGAGAAAUCCUUGCCAAAUCUACGUGUUUCUGGAGUAAGCCAACCAGUCACCGAUGCUAUCAUUGAAGAUGUGUUACGAUGUGGUACAAACAUGCAGUAUGCUCGAACAUUCGCACGAAACUUGCAGACCAAAUCGGUGGAUCUGGCGUCUGUAUUUGCGUUACGCGGUACCAUUGCUGUUAGCAUGUAUCAUCUCGAGCGCCAAAUCCUGGGCCAUUCGGACACUGUUGUCUCGCUCUUACAAGCAAACACAUUGUUCAACCGCUGUGGAGACUUGAUCGAAGCCCUGGCAGAUAUUAUAAGAGCUACCGAAAAGGCCAACUCAGACGCCCAGGUCAUCUCUAUUACUAUGGACCAUGCAGCCUUCUUUGCUCAAAAGUACGGCUGGAUGGAGAAUCUUGUACAGGAAAUUCUUGUUCGAGUCACAGAACCUUGGCUAGAAUUCAUUGAGGCAUGGAUUGGGCUUCGACCCGAGGAACCAUCUAUGAAUGAGUUAAUUAUUAACGGAAAGACAUUCUUGGAGGUCGAGCAACAUGAUGAUCCUAUCAAAUUUACAACCGGACGUUCAAGGAUUGAAUACUCUUAUCGUGAAGAACAUAUGCCGUCAUUUAUCCCUGCUGAUCAAGCGAAAUUGAUUUUCGAGAGUGGGCGAAGUCUGCGAUUGCUCAAAAAGUCACACCCAAAUCACCCUAUCGCCCGACAUGAUGUUCUAAUGCGAUCCGGUCACCUUCGUCUGCACUGUGCAACUACCUGGUCUGAGAUUGAACAAAUCCAACGAAAGGCCCACGAGUACGAGGCAAAGCUUCGGGCUGAAAUAUUGAGAUAUCACAGAGGAGAAUUGGCAACAACAGCUCCUGGGCCUGUUUCACAAAAAAUUGAGAUCAGUCAGGAUGAAAUUGUGGAAAAUACGUUUGAAUUAUUCGAUAUCGAUGACCAGAAGCAUUUCUCGGGAGGUGCGAUGGAUCAAACAGCCCUGUCGACUGACAAAGUCAGUGACAUGCUUCAGAAAGCUAGGGGGAAGCUUGGCGUCAGUGAUUCAGGGACACGGUUUGGACCUGAAUUGGCAUCAGAGCUCUACCUGUCAUUUGCCCCUGUGAUCGCAUCCCAAGCGCAACUCAUUGACUUCUCAUGUCUUCAUCAUAUGUUCAAAGAACAUAAAGUCCGGCACCAUUUGAACUUGCAAUGGCGCUUUCAACUACUAGGCGAUGGUUCAUUCACGUCACGCCUUUCACAUUCUCUUUUUGAUCCUGAGAUGGACAGCGGAGAGCGCAAGGCCGGCGUAGUACGCGGUGGCGUACAUACUGGCUUGCGGCUCGGAAGUCGUGAUACCUGGCCACCUGCAAGCUCCGAGCUACGUCUCGUGCUUAUUGGCCUGCUAGGAGAUUGCUACUUCUCCGAAACAGACCCCGAUGCAUCUGAAAAUGGACAGCCGCGGGAUAACGAGCUUCCCGGCGGGCUUAAUUUUGCGAUUCGCGAACUAUCAAGCGACGAGAUCGAUCGCUGCAAAGACCCAAAUGCGAUAGAAGCACUCGAUUUCCUUCGACUCCAGUAUAAAGCACCAGAAACUCUGGAGACUCUCAUUACACCAAGAUCACUGGGCAAAUAUGAUCGCCUCUUCAAGCACUUGCUCCGUCUUCUUCGCAUGGUAUCCGUCGUCAAAGGACUCGUCCGCGACUCUACCGUUCGGGAUUCGCUUUCAGGCGACACAAGGAAUGUAUUUCAAAAGUUUCGCAUUGACGCUCAACACUUCGUCCUCGCCGUUAGCGACUACUUCUUCCACGUCGGAAUCGGGUCGAUCUGGAGUCGUUUCCAAAGCACGCUUGAUAAGAUCGAGCGUUGCCUUGACCGAGGCGACAUAGAUGGUACACUCGAGGCCGCACAUUCCGUGCCUCGUCUCCGCGACUUACACGAAGACAUCCUCGACCAAAUGUUGUUCGCCUUCUUCCUAAGUAAACGACAUGCCGCCGCUGCGAAAUUGCUCGACAAUAUUUUCAGCACGAUUCUUGCCUUUGGCCCAUUGUCGCGGGCUGAUGGGAGCAGUGGUCUCCGCCAUGAAAACGAAGGCACUGUACGACAUUUGUAUUCUACUUUCCGAAAACAGGUGUCUGCCUUGGUCGGAUAUCUGCGUGGCUUGGACUCUGGGAAGGGCGCUUCGAAAAUUAUGGCAAAGUCGGCAGCUUUCUUCGGUUCUCGGACUGAGCCAACUAGUGUAUUUGAACAUCUUCGAGUGAGAUUGGAGGUGAAGGACUAUUAUUAA